AUGAAGGCCACCUGGAUCAGGCUUCUCAAAAGAGCCAAAGGAGGACGUCUGAAGAAUUCUGAUAUCUGUGGUUCGGCGGACUCCUACACCAGCCGUCCAUCUGAUUCAGAUGUAUCUUUGGAAGAAGACAGGGAAGCAGUGCGGAGAGAGGCAGAGCGACAGGCCCAGGCACAGCUGGAAAAAGCAAAGACAAAACCAGUUGCAUUUGCAGUUCGGACAAAUGUUGGGUACAGUGCAGCUCACGAUGAUGAUGUUCCAGUCCCAGGCAUGGCCAUCUCAUUUGAGGCUAAAGAUUUUCUUCAUGUUAAAGAAAAAUUUAAUAAUGACUGGUGGAUAGGACGGUUGGUAAAAGAAGGCUGUGAAAUAGGAUUCAUACCAAGCCCAGUCAAACUAGAAAACAUGAGGCUGCAGCAUGAACAAAAGGCAAAACAAGGAAAAUUCUACUCCAGUAAAUCAGGAGGAAACUCUUCAUCCAGUUUGGGUGACAUCGUUCCUAGUUCCAGAAAAUCGACGCCUCCAUCCUCUGCUAUAGACAUAGAUGCCACUGGCUUAGAUGCAGAAGAAAAUGAUAUUCCAGCAAACCAUCGCUCCCCCAAACCCAGUGCAAACAGUGUAACAUCACCCCACUCCAAAGAGAAAAGAAUGCCCUUCUUUAAGAAGACAGAGCACAUCCCUCCCUAUGAUGUAGUGCCUUCUAUGCGACCAGUAGUUUUAGUGGGACCUUCUCUGAAAGGAUAUGAGGUAACAGAUAUGAUGCAAAAAGCAUUGUUUGAUUUUUUAAAACAUAGAUUCGAAGGGCGUAUAUCAAUUACAAGAGUCACAGCAGACAUCUCGCUUGCCAAACGCUCAGUAUUAAACAAUCCCAGUAAGCAUGCGAUAAUAGAGCGAUCUAACACAAGAUCAAGCUUAGCUGAAGUUCAAAGUGAAAUUGAACGGAUUUUUGAGUUAGCAAGGACACUGCAGUUGGUAGUGCUUGAUGCUGAUACCAUUAACCACCCAGCUCAACUAAGCAAAACCUCUCUGGCUCCCAUUAUAGUAUACGUAAAGAUUUCUUCUCCUAAGGUUUUACAGAGGCUAAUAAAAUCUCGAGGGAAAUCUCAGGCCAAACACCUUAAUGUUCAGAUGGUGGCAGCUGAUAAACUGGCACAGUGUCCUCCUGAAAUGUUCGAUGUAAUUCUUGACGAGAACCAGCUUGAAGAUGCUUGUGAGCACCUUGCUGACUAUCUGGAAGCCUACUGGAAGGCCACACAUCCACCUAGCAGCAAUCCUCCUAACCAGCUUCUCACUCGCACACUUGCAACAGCCACUCUUCCUAUUAGCCCAGGUCCAAAUAUUAAUUUACAGGGAUCUCAAGGAGACCAGAGGAAUGACCAUUCAGUCCCUGAACGCAGCAGUUCACAAAUCGAAGAGGAAGCACGGGUUGAGCCCAUCAAGAGAUCCCAGCAUCGCUCUUCCUCAAGCCAACACCACAACCAUCGCAGUGGUGUUAGAGGCCUUUCUAGGCAAGAAACUUUUGACUCAGAAACACAAGACAGCAGAGAUUCGGCUUACGUAGAGCCGAAGGAGGACUACUCACAUGAGCACGGUGACCACUAUGAUUCUCACAGGGAUCACAAUCAUAGAGACGAGUCCCACGGGAGCAGUGAUCACAGACAUAGAGAAUCAAGGCAUCGCUCAAAGGAGAGGGACCGCGAGCAGGACCACAAUGAAUGCAACAAACAGCGUAGUCGGCAUAAAUCAAGGGACCAAUAUUGUGACAAAGAUGGAGAAGUGAUAUUGAAGAAGCGUAAUGACACAGGAGAAUGGAACAGGGAUGUUUACAUCCGUCAGUAACUUUUGCCUCCGUCAGUCUUGUGUUUCUUUGAAGUCUUGUAAUGAUACCCCUUGAAAAUAUCUUUGGGUUCUUCAUUGCAGAACAUAUGGUAUCCUUCUGUAUGCUGAUUUGUAUUGCUGUUGCUUGCAUAGCAAUAGCAUGAAAUAGAAUAUUCAUAUACUUAUUUUUUUGGUUAGUGCUAUAUGAAUUAGUGUAGUACAACUGAAGCAUUCCUGAUGUUGUACUACGCCAUUUUUCAAGCUGUUUUUUGGUAGCUGCCACUUGAACAAUAUCUGUUGCCAUCAAGGUGGUGUUAGUGUUUUUUAAGAAAAGGUACAUUUGAUGUUUAAUGACUUCCCGUGUAUUCAGCAAGCCAGAAUCAGCACAUAAAAAAAAUCUAAAACUUUUUGUCUGCUCUGAUUUUUAAUUUGUAUGCACUUGAUUUGCAUAUUGAUUUAAGAGCCCCUCUCUGUUGCUUGUACCUCUGGUGGACUCCAUUCGAAGACAGAAUUCAGUCUUGCCUUACACACAGGGGGAUCAUAAGUCAAGAUCUAUUUUCUAUGUACUGGUACUGUGUACUGUAUAUACAGUUUAUAAAUGUUAUUUCUUGCAGACACC